GGGGUAGCUUUUAGCCAAUAAAAAGCGACUUUUGCUUCUUUCAAAGCUUCGUCUCCGCCACCACCACAAGAAAUAUCCUCACGCUUUCUCUUUCUCUCUCUCUCUCUCUCUCUCUCUCUCUCUCUCAAUUGGAGACCCUGCCAAGAAAACCCUCGCAGCCACCAAUCUUUUAGCCGAGGGAAAGAUAAAAUGGUUGAUCAGGUUCAACACCCUUCUGUCAUGGAAAAGGUAGCUGGCCAGUUCCUUCAUCACUCUAGUCUUUCAAGAGAAAUUCAGGGCUAUGAUGGUGGUUUCCAACGAUCUGCUAUGUAUCAAAGACAUGCUGCUUAUGGAAACUACACCAAUCCAGCAAUGAGGUAUCCAACUAGAGCUACCACAGAUCUAUCCAUGGUUGCAUCAACUGCAUCCCCCAUUUUUGUUCAAGCCCCUGCAGAGAAAGGCAACUUUGUUAUUGAUUUCCUUAUGGGUGGUGUUUCUGCUGCUGUCUCCAAGACGGCUGCUGCCCCAAUUGAGCGUGUUAAACUUUUGAUUCAGAACCAGGAUGAGAUGAUUAAGACUGGCCGUUUGUCAGAACCCUACAAGGGCAUUGGUGACUGCUUUAAGCGAACAAUGAAGGAUGAGGGCAUUGUUUCAUUGUGGAGAGGGAAUACUGCAAAUGUCAUCCGUUAUUUCCCCACUCAGGCCUUGAACUUUGCAUUCAAGGAUUACUUUAAGAGGCUUUUUAACUUCAAGAAAGACAGGGAUGGUUAUUGGAAAUGGUUUGCUGGUAACUUGGCAUCCGGAGGUGCUGCUGGUGCCUCUUCCCUUCUCUUUGUCUAUUCAUUGGACUAUGCGCGUACCCGUUUGGCUAAUGAUUCUAAGGCUGCAAAGAAAGGAGGAGAAAGGCAAUUCAAUGGUUUGGUUGAUGUUUACAGGAAGACGUUGAAGAGUGAUGGUAUUGCUGGUCUUUACCGUGGAUUCAACAUUUCUUGUGUUGGUAUCAUUGUGUACCGUGGUCUCUACUUUGGAAUGUACGAUUCUCUGAAGCCAGUGCUUCUGGUUGGAAGCUUGCAGGAUAGUUUCUUCGCUAGUUUUGCACUUGGUUGGCUCAUUACCAAUGGUGCAGGUCUCGCUUCCUAUCCAAUUGACACUGUCCGCAGAAGAAUGAUGAUGACCUCUGGUGAAGCGGUGAAGUACAAGAGUUCUCUGGAUGCAUUCUCUCAAAUUUUGAAGAACGAGGGUGCCAAGUCUCUCUUCAAGGGUGCCGGUGCUAACAUUCUCCGUGCAGUUGCAGGUGCUGGUGUUCUUGCUGGUUAUGAUAAGUUACAGCUGAUCAUGUUCGGGAAGAAGUAUGGAUCUGGUGGUGCUUAAGAACAUAUUUUCUAUCCUGUUAGAGUUAGAUGGUGAUGAAAAUCUGAGUUCACAGAAUCUUUUUCGGCAAAUUUUUCAUUAAAUAAUUAUCAGUUUAGUGGGAUUUAAUCCCAAAAACAAAUUUAUUUUUGAAACAGGCAUUUAAUCCAUCAACAGGAUUAAUUAGAGUGGCGGAAAUUGCCACUAUCAUUACUUUUGAGUUUUCAGUUACAUGAUUUGCGGAAUAUUUUGUAUGAAUGCACCAUUACUUUUGGCAAUCCACUGCUUACGUGGUUUUCCUUUUGGAAUGCAGUAAAUGGGGAUGGUAUCUAUUUCCCUGUUGCUUUGCUCUA